AUGCAUCGCUCGAGCGUCUUUGCCCUCCGCGGCUCGUACACCGCCGCGAGUGGCGGGACGCGGCGCGGCGUUGGGGUCACGCCCCUCACCGACGUCUCGCAGCAGCUGCAGGACCACGACGUCUUCCUCGAGGCGGAGUACUACCUGAACGACGAGGAGUGCCAGCUCCUCGCCGCCCCCAUCGCCGAGUUUCUCUCGCGCUGCACGAGCUACGACAUGUUAGGCGCCUCCACGCAGGUGGUCGUCCUCGACGUGGACGCCGUGCUGGCGGUGGCGUUCAUCGCCGCCCAGGAGACGCGACUCAACGCGUGCGUCUUGUGGGACCCCGUUGCCCGCGCCUUUUGUGGCAUGAUGAGCUCCACCGACUACAUCGACAUCCUGCUCUACUCCCACGACCACCCCGAGGAGGCGGAGCAGCUUUCACGGUACACGAUACGGCAGUGGCGGGAGAAGCGGUACGGCGCCUCCUCGGGCGUCGACGGCAAGCAGCCCGCUUCGUCGCUUCCGGUCCCGGUAUUUGUCACCUGCGCCCCGGAUACGCCGUUGAGCAAGUGCCUGCAGCUGCUGCUGCGUCACCGCGUCCGCCGCAUCACCGUGCUGGCGGACAAGGAAGCGGAUGACGCGAGCGUGUUAGCCAUACUGGAUCUACAGCAGAUUCUCGUGUACCUCGGGGCGGUUUUCCUUUCCAUUGAGGCGGCGGGCGGCGGACGCCGUGGCGUGGAGGUGGCAACUGGGGUGGAUGCCGCCGUGAACUCCACAGUCGGUGUUCCCGGCGCCGUUGCCGCCGGUGGCGGUCGCGGCGACGGCGUGGAUCCCGCCGACUUCGCCGUCUUGUUUGGCGAGGUGGUGCUGCCGCCGCACGUCCGCAACCUCCUCUCCGCCCCCACUGACGGGGAGGGGGACAAUCCGCUGGUGGAGUUCGGAAAGGAGCCGCGGGUGGGGCCGUACCGCGCCAUAUUCGACGUUCCCUUCUGCUACAUUCCCCAGCUAGGGCGGCACCGCAGCCACGCCAUCUCCGUCACGCUCGACUCCCCGCUGCUGAAGGCGCUGCGGCUCAUGCUGCAGCACAACAUAGAGAGCAUCGCGGUGGUGUCGGAGGAGUGCAUCAUCGUGGACGUCAUUGAUCGCAGCGACGUCGUCCGCAUCGAGGACCAGGGGGUGUAUGACAUGAAACUCACCGUGCGCGAGGCCCUCGGGGCCAUGGUGACCGAAAAGAUCUGCGUCUUCCACGCCAAGGACGCACUGCGGGACAUCUUUGUCCACUUUGUGCGGCAACGGGUGAAGGAGCUCUUUCUCGUCGACCCCGACACCGACAAGCUGCUGGGCCAGCUGAACAUCGCCGAGGUGGUCUUCUUUUUGGUGUUCGGCGUCACCACGACCAACGCCACGGCGGAAGUCCGCGAGGGGGCUCGCACCACCGCGUCCUCCUCCGCCUCCUCCUCCCGCCUCCCCUCGGCUGCCGUCCCCGCUCGCGUAGCCGCCGCCGCCGCCGCCGUCGCAGACGAUUCACAAAAGUAG